AUGGAAAUGUAUCCAAAUGCGAAAAGCUUUGAGAUUAAUUCAAUUGAAGGAGAAUUAGAUCGUAAUAUUGAACAAUGCGAAAAGAUUGAACGAUACAAUUGUCACAAAUCAGAAGAUAUCAAUCCUUUAACUGGAGAUACGAUGAACAUAUUGUAUGAAAAAACAGCAAACAAGGAAUCAGCUCUCAAACAAUGGGAUAUACCACAAGAUCAAUUUGGGGUUCUCUUAAAACACUCACAUAUUCCAUCCAAAAAGUGGUUUUACAACAAUCUAAAGGGAGAAUCAGUUUCAUCAAACGAUUAUAAUGAAAUGGUAUUCACUCACACCAACCUGUACGAUUUGCUGAACGACUACAACAAUUUGGAUGCGAAACCAGGUGUAGAAGCGACAAAGAAGCUGGGUAAUUUCUUUCAGUCGUUGAAUCUUGAUAUCCACAAAAACGGCAUCUUUGUUCCUAGACUCACUCUUAAAUAUCUCUGGCACACAAAAAGCAAAGACUGCGAGUUUCAGUUAUUCAAAGGGAAUGACGAAUUGUACCACAAAUACAGAGAUAAUCUGAAAAAGACGACCAGAAUUAGAAAAGGAAAGCUUUGUCAGGGAAUACUUGGAUAUGAUACCAAUGCUUUAUAUCUGUGGGCGAUAAGUCAAGAUAUGCCGUGUGGUGAGCACCAAGUAGUUCAAGUCUAUCCCGAUAUUCUGAAAGAUGUCUUGGAUAACACGUUCUUUGGAAUGAUAGAAUGUGAUAUUGCUGUUCCUGAACAUUUAAAGGAAUGCUUUGCUGGAAUGCCUCCUAUUUUCAAGAAUGUUGAGAUUACAUGCAAUGAUUUAAGCUUUGACACAGGCACAUGCCAAACCAGAUUACAAAAAUACAUACUUAAAGCACCUUUCAAGUCGUUUUCUGAGCAAGUAUCAAAUGAAAGAAGAGUCCGAGAUACAAGUCCUGGUUAUAAAUUACGUGGAGAAAUGAUGAAAUUGAUGGGAAAUUCAUCUUAUGGUAAAUCUAUAACGAAUUUCUUGAAGCACGAAACAGCCAAGAUUGUUACUGGAGAUAACUACAUCAAAAACAUCAGAAGGAAUAAUUACAUUGAACAUCAAGACAUGAACAAAGGAUGCGAGUUUCGUUUCAAAAAGAUGUCGUUCAAACAAAGUUUACCUAUUCAUAUUAGAUUUCAAGUGUAUCAAUUAGCGAAACUACGAAUGCUUCAAUUUUACUACGACUCUAUUGAUUAUUCCAUUGACAAAAGUGAUUAUCAGUACUGUAUGAUGGACACUGAUUCAGCUUACAUUGCUAUAUCUGAUGAAUCGUUAGAAGUCAUAAAACCAAGCUUAAAAGAUGAAUUUAAAAAGAAUCGGCAUCUGUGGUUGGAAAGAGACGAUACCAUUGAGAAUAAGGUGUAUGACAGCAGAACACCGGGUCUGUUCAAGUUGGAAUAUGAAGGAACCUGUAUUAUAUCCUUGGCCAUUCAAAAGGGAAUUAACAAGAAACAAAAUGAAAUCACAAAACAAAAGUAUGUGGAUGCUUUAAAAGGUGUUGGUGACAAAGUUAGAUUGCUAAAAACUAGGCAAGCAUUUCGUAAAGGAUAUGAGCCAAAGUAUAGUCACAGUAUAUAUAAGGUCAUCAGUGGCAAUGGCUAUUCGUACUUUAUUGCAGAUGAUGAUGGUAAUAUUCUUCCAAAGGCAUACAAAUACUAUGAACUACAACGUAUUGAAUCUACCCAAAGGUUUCAUACAGAAUCUAGACAGAGAGAACCACGAAUGACAAAUAAGGAGCGUCGAAAUAAAAGAGAAUUGGAAGAAUUGGGUAGAAUUAGAGGUCCAGCUUAUAAAAACGGAGAACAUUAA